AUGGCGGACAAGUGGCGGAAAAGAGAACACAAUUCCAAGUCUUCUUUCAAAGAGGAUUUACCGAUCAGGGAUUAUAGAAAAAGACUGGUACAGGAAGUGGAAGAAAAUGAAUUCCUAAUCGUUGUCGGUGAGACAGGGAGUGGAAAAACAACCCAACUCCCACAAUAUCUUCUCAAAGCUGGUUUUACAUCCAGAGGAAAAAUGAUCGGUGUAACGCAACCACGACGUAUUGCAGCAAUUUCAGUAGCCACGCGCGUUUCUGAAGAAAUGAAAUGUCAUUUAGGAGAAACGGUUGGAUAUCAAGUUCGGUUUGAUGAUAACACCAGUGAUAAAACUCUGAUUAAGUAUAUGACUGAUGGCUGCCUUUUGCGGGAGUUCCUUGAUGAUUCUGCACUUAGCAAAUACAGUGUAAUCAUUCUGGAUGAAGCUCAUGAGAGAAGUUUGGAUACAGAUAUCUUAUUUGGUUUAGUUAGGAAAUUAUUUCAUGAUUGGAGAAAAAAUUUCCAUGCAGAAGAUAAGCCUACAAGGCUCCCAAAAGUUAUUAUCAUGUCAGCUACCUUAAAUCAUGAGAAGUUUUCAGAAUUCCUUGAUGGCUGUCCAGUCUUUGAAAUUCCUGGGCGCUGCUUUCCUGUGAAAAAUAUCUUUUUGGACUAUGUUGGUGUCAAGGACUUGCAGACACCAAGUUAUCUGAAAAGGGCUGUAGAGACAGUGAUGAAGAUUCAUCUUGAGGAAUGCCCAGGAGAUAUAUUGGUUUUCCUAACAGGACAGGAUGAAAUUGAACAUGCAUGUGACAAACUGUAUGAGUCAGCUGAGAAAAUUGACUAUAGCCACGAUGUCCAUUACCAUGAAGUGGAAGCCAUGUUGAUUCUUCCCUUAUAUGGUUCCAUGACAACUGAAUUACAGAAAAGAGUAUUUGAUCCUCCUAGUUCUUCAGUGAGGAAGGUAGUUGUAGCAACAAAUAUUGCAGCCACAUCACUUACUAUAGAAGGAAUAAGAUAUGUUGUGGACAGUGGCUUUGUGAAGCAGUUAUCAUAUAAUCCACGCACAAGACUUGACUCCCUUACUGUUGUUUUGACAUCAAGAUCUGAAGCCAUUCAAAGAGCAGGAAGGGCUGGUAGAACUGCACCAGGAAAAUGCUUUCGACUUUAUUCUAAGGAGGUCUAUGAGAUGGCCAUGACAGAGGAAACAAUUCCUGAAAUUCAGAGAACAAGUUUAAGUCAUGUGGUUCUCUAUCUCAAGUCCAUGGGAAUACAUGAUGUUUUAGGCUUUCAGUACAUUGAUCCACCAGAAGAGAGAAUGAUUCUAGAAGCAUUAAAACAACUAUAUUAUUUUGGAGCAUUGGACAGAGGUGGAAAUGUCACCACACUAGGUCGUCAGAUGACGGAAUUUCCACUCUCCCCAGGCCUCUCCAGGACAGUAAUAUCCUCAGCUAGCCUUGGUUGUACAGAACUGGUACUUGCAGUGGCAGCCAUGCUGUCUGUGGAGAAUGUCUUUGUAACUCCAGGAGGGAAAAAGAAUUUAUCAACAGCUACACAGGUUCAUAAAAAACUGGCGGAGGAAGCCGGUGGAACAAACGACUUUGCAACACUCCUGUUUGUCUACAGGCAGUGUCAUUCUAGUCCGUCACCUCCACGAUGGUGUCGUGAACAUUACAUUCACUGGAGAGCACUGAAAAUGGCGUACAACAUACACCAUCAGCUGGAAACCAUCUUGCAAAGACAGCUUAGUAAAGACUCUGUUCCAAAGAGGAAUACAGACAGUACGAAAAUUAACUCGAAAGAUCUGCUGAGGAGAGUAUUGUGCAGUGGAUAUUUCUGCAAUGUAGCGCGGAAAAGCAGUUCGGGAAACAGUUUCCGCACUAUGGACGGACAUGGUACACAAGUUUAUAUUCACCCAUCUUCAACGCUAUUUGGUUGCGAAGAUCAGCUCGAGUGGAUAAUUUUUCAUGACAUCAUCUGGACUUCAAAAAUCUUUGUCAGAACAGUUUGCCCAAUAAGGUAUGAGUGGGUGGGAGAACUCCUGCCCAGGUUACAUGAAGUAGACAGUUAUUCCUUGUCUGGCUGGGCAGAGGGAAAAGUAACGGUCAGCAAGCAUGACGGGAACUUACAAGACCAAAACGAAACCGAAACAGGCACUGUUACAGACGUCGUUAAAAUAUCGAAACGGAACACACAAGAAUCUCUCACGGCUGCUAGGCAACGCUUUCUGGAAAGAAAAAGAGCCCGCGAGAAGAACCAGGGCAGGUGACCGGAUCGACAAAGGCUACCAUCGUGGGAUGCCCCUAUGAGGAAAAACAGUGCUAAACACGUUGACAACACAUGUCCUGACGCACUAGCCAUAGCAAACGGCUAUUUGUCACGUGAGCCUCACGUGAGACAGUUGUUUUCAUGAGCCAAAUGAAAACAGGUGAUGAGCGCAAAGCAGAGCGAGAACCACGUCCACAGGACGAUAUUAUCAUUUCAUUAUGCUCUGAAGAAUUUGCUUACUAAUCAGAACUGUUCAUCUAGAUCAGUCAAUUUUUAAGUUACAUCUUAAAAUAAACAGGGUUUAGUGUUGAAGUAAGAUC